GAUAAAACACGGUUAGCUCAACUCUGGUCAUCAAGGAUAAUUUUAUACAACUCCCUCCCCGGAGAACAGCAAAGCCAAGGCGAUACCGGGCGCGCCGCUAGCACCUUUCAUAACACGAAUACGAGAUGCGGACGCUUGACCAAAUCGAGUAUUCGGAGGAGGCCACAAUCGCCGCCGUGACCGACUUCUACGCCUUCCUGACCAAUAUGUACCUUCCCGAGUCGGCUGUCGUGCACCCGCCGCCAGGAGGGUGGCCAACCUUGGCCUCUGAUCUACAGGGCCUGGGGAAGUCGGACGAGGUCCUGAGCCUGCUCUCGCACCUACCGUAUAUCCGCCAAGAUCUAGACGAUAUCGAGAUACCGGAAGUAACCCCUGGGGGCCGUUGGAUAGACUGGCGCAUGUCCGGUACCUGGGUACGCGAGGGCGGCAGCGACAUCGACGAGCUUCGCACCAUCACCGAGGGCCCCGCCAUCACGGAGCAUGUACCCGAGAGCGUCGUCGGACUGACGAUGAGCGAGCACCACACCUUCCUCAUCGAUACGGAGCUCGGCGUCGUCUACUGGCCAGAGUGCCCUGGCCGCCUCCGCAACGGGCCCCGGUGCAUCGAGGACGACCCGUACGACUACUGCGACGAUGAAGACGACGCCGAGUGGCGUGCCGACGGCGCCGCCUGGUCUGUAGCCGACUUCUUCAAGGUGCUCAAGGCAGAAUACCGCUUGCUGCGCUGGGUGCCGUGGAGCGAGUACGAGGUCUUGGAUUCGGAGAGCACAAUGACGAGGAGUCCUAUCGCGGCGCUUCAGGAGGUUUACCGGCGCUACGGCUGGCCUAAUUCGCAACAGUAUCGCAAGGAGGAGUGCCUCGAGGAGACGAAGGUGGUCAGACUUGCAGCCGAGCAGAGAGAGAAUGACGGCGGGGACGCUUAGAGUUAAUGCGAGUAAGGUGUGUUCGUUCACGUGCUUAGCAUGCUUUGCAGUCUUAUGGUCAUUGACAAGAGAUGAUUCCCGAAC